AGUGAAUGGCUUGUGUGUGUCUUUUCACCAUAUUAAAGCACACCAGCUCUUGGACCUUAGCACUGGGUCUGUUGAAAUCACCAGUCCGUUUUUGUUGGAUCUGUCCUGCUCAGCGCCUAUCUACCUAUGGUUCCAUCCCCAAUAUUCAUGGAAGACCUCUGGGUGCGGCAAAUAUUCUCCGCGGUUGGCCACACUUUGCUAGUCUACGACUAUUUUCUAACGCUUAAAGACGAAACUCGUUACAUUUGGAACAGCCCCUGGACGGUCGUGAAAGCCUUGUUCCUCAUCAACCGAUAUGGAAACCUUCUCGGGCAGACUGUCAUCCGGCUAGAAGAAGCUGGUCUUUUCACAAAUAGUUCUCAAACGUUCUGCAAUCACUUCGCAUUUUUCACUUCUUGCUUUACGAUUCUAUCCACAGAGUCGAUUCACAUACUUGUUCUCAUUCGUGCGCGGGCCAUCUGGGGAACUCAGAAGUGCCUGACAAAUAUCCUCAUCUGGAGCUACGUGUCCUAUGUCCUUGUACUGAUAGGCACAGGAACGUACGGUGUACUCGCCAAUCAUGGUCUGCCACCUCACUGCUUUUCAUUUUCUUGUACGAAAAAUGACUGCGCUCUUGCAGUCCAGUUCUUGUACAUCGACGUGACCCAUGUUUGCGUCAAGGAAAUAACAAGUUCUGCGGUAAAUUGGCAGCCAUAUAUUUAUAUUUAGUGGGCGACUCAUUGACGGUAUUCAAACGCUAGUGGUUAAUUUCUUGCGGGGGGUUAGGAUGUUCUAUUCUGCGUUCAUCGUUCCUGCUAACGCUCAAGGUCUCCAAGCUUCAUUCUCGAUACAAUACUCUUUGUCUUGACGAUGCGAAGUCUCCGGAGAUACUCUAGGGAGUUUCGGCAUCUCUACCCAUUUGAUCUCCUCCAUCUACUCGUUCGAGACGCAAUCAUAUUUUUUAUUGUGGGUAUUUAAAACCUGCACCAUG